AUGCAGGCGACAGUUUAGAUUAAACAUCUCCAGUAAGUGCGCAAAGAAAUCAUGAACUCCAAAAGUUACUCUGAAGAAUAGCAACACAAAGAUGAUUUUAUGAGAAAGAUGAGACACACAUUAGCAAAUGGGAUCAUAUCCUCAUACAAAGAACUCGUGAUUUAAAACCAAAUCUAUAAUUAUGACUUCAAUGGUUAUUUAAUUUAGAAAUACAAACGAGGACCUCUUCAUCUGGUUUGUGAGAAUGGCAGAAUUACACUCAUUAGGUAUUUUAUAGAGAACAACCUAUUUGACAUUAACGAGAUAUGCGAUGGUCACACUCCUCUGAGUUUGCUAUCACUUUAUUACAUAUAAACCCCAGAGAAGUGCACAUCAACGGAAACUUUGGAAUUGAUGUUUGCCAAAGGAGCAGAUCCCUUAUUGUAUGUGGAUAAAAAUGGGAAUACUCUAAAUGAUUACUGUAAUAUGAUUAAGAAACAGUCAGAAGAACCACUUAACCUUGUUCUGUAGUAUAUCCAGAAUUUCUAUUUAAAGAAACAGAGGGAGUAGGCAUUGAAGAAUGCUAUCUUGCUAUCCAUGUGUGAUAAUCAAAAUAAUAACAACAAUUUAACAAAUUUACUGAACAUCGACGAUAUGAAGCAAAUUGCAUAAUAUCUAGUUGGUCCCAUAUAAUAUCAAAUUGAUUAAUGA